UCCAAACAAAAUUGAAAGCAUGAAUAUAUUUUCAGAUGUGAACAAAAUUUGAAAAUACAAACAUUUUUUAAAUCUGUGAAUAAUUUUUGAAAAUAUGAACAAUUUUUUGAAACUCCGAACAAAAAUUGAAAACAUGAUCAUUUUUGAGAUGUGAACAAAAUUUGAAAAUACGAACGUUUUUUGAAUCUAUGAACAUUUUUUGAUAAUACGAACAAUUUGAAAGAAAACAAAUUGUUGACAAAUGCGAACAUUUUCUAAAAAUACGAACAUUUCCUAAAAUUCAAGGACAUUUUUAAAUUUUUGAUUAUUUUUAAAAGGGCAGUUUUUAAAUUCUCGAACACUUUAGUGUGAACAUUUUUUAAAGUUGUGAACAAUUUUUGAAAAAAAUGAGAACAAUGUUUGAUUGGGAACAGUUUUUUGAAACACUGAACAAUUUUCAAAAACAAGAAGCAUUUUUUAAUUUCGAACAAUAUUUGAAUUCUCGAACUUAUUUCGAAAUAAAAAGAAAAAGGUAAAUAAAGAAAAGAAAAGAAAAACAAAACAGAUAAAACAAAAAUGAAAAUGUAAAAAAGAAACUGAAACAGAAAAUAAAAGGAAAAUACCCCGCUUUAGGAAGCUUCUAGAAAUGGAUAAAAACCGUCUGGGAAACUUCUAGAAAGUUCCCAAAACCGGAACUGCCUACAGCGGGAGAUGGUCCGGCCCACUUUAUCGCGCCCCUGUGGGAUCGGUCGACUGUUUGACGCAGAGAGCGUCAAAUAGGGUUUUCUGCGAAACUCCCCUCGCCGCCGUCCCUGUCCGCUCGACCACCCCACGCGGCAUGCUCCACCAGCUCCGGCACCCACAACCGGGGCGGCGGGGCGUAGGAAUAGCCGGCAGCGAAGGUUCUUCCCUGGACCCCUCGGUGGUGGGUGAGCUCGACGGGGAGCCGCGCCACCACUGAACGCCGAUUCGGGAUAGAAGCAUUCACUUACGCCCCAGGCUGCAGAUGAAGGAUAGGUAAAAGCCUUAUGUGUGGACACCCUGUGAUAAGUGACCUUUACUUCUACAUACAUGAACAAGAAUUGAUGGAAACUUCAAAUCUGCCAAGUGCCAAGUCUAAUUGUCCAAAUACCUGGCAAUGAGGAGUCCCUGUCGUCCUGCAUUUUUCUAUGUACAAGGAACUGCAAGCCUGUCAAGUCUGUUGUCCUAAUGCCUGAUAAAUAAGGAGGCUCUAUCAUCUUCCAUUUGUCUCUGCACAGAAAAAGCAACGACAAUUAUUGGAGUUAUACAUAGCUUAUACGCAUGGCUAGUUACUUGAUGCCGACUUCAUGAAGCAGUCAAGGAAUCGCUAGAAUUACUAUAAGCCUCGGGCCGGCUGAUGCCGUCUAGUUUUUAAUAUUUUGGUUGAUGUAACCAGACUCCAAAGCUGACUGAGUAUGCAUUGAAACCACAAUGGCAUUCGACCUGCUUUACAAGUUGCAGUAUAAAUGAAUAAUGUUAGGACUAGAGGGAAGUUGAGCUUCUUGUUUUUCUGCAAUACUGCGACUAAUGGCAGGUUUUAUUGAUACAGUUUUGAAAUUGCUUGCAAAGACUAAUGCCUCAAAAUAAGAUUAAAAGACUAAUCCAAAAAGAGGAAGCAUUUAAUGGACUUGCGGAAUGAUCUCUUGGGCAGCAAGUUGCUUCGUAGUCUUUCCAGCAGGGGAAGACACUAUCUGUGGCAAGUGACUUGUUAAACCAUGGACGGUUGCAUUUAAGGGCUUUCGACACUAUAAUUACUGUUUUUUGUCCGAUGAGCACAAUCAAAGAAGCUGGCCUGCCCCUGCGAAGGGUGAUACUUUAAAUAAUGGAACCUAAUGCAUUGAUAAUUAUGCUUAUCAGAGAGAAGGAAAUUCAAGAUAUAUGCAUGAUGCUAGGUGGGAUGAACAGAAUGGUAUUCCGGCACAAAAUUCGCUCUCAUGGCGUACCUCUUUAAUAUGCAAUCUGAAGGCUUGUGUCCAAAUUAGACGGCAUGGAAUAUGUUGGUCUGACUUCCCAGGUGCUCUUGAUAAAGUUUGCUUCGUUUGAAAGAAUCCUUAACCGAUCUGAAAGAUAUAUCCAAGGCUUUCAGGAUAUUUUUUAAGCAUGUCACCAGGAGGUACCUUUCCAGCUUUCCUUGUCAAACUCUUGCUAACUCUGUUUCGUUUAUCUGUACAAGUUUUAUAUAGUAGUACUUGUAAAAUAGUACAAUAGAAAAUAGCACUAGUCACACUCGGUUCUGAUGGUGUAUAAUGGACUGGUUCUGCAUUCUGAUGUGGUCAAGCCAUCAAGGUAUGACCAAAAUGCCUUUUCGUCCAAGCAAAAGUAACCAAAUCACACAUCUAUACCAUCGGGAACAUCCCUUAGAGCAGUAAUUGUAUUCUCUAGAAAACUGCGAGCAAUACUUAUCUAGGUUUGUGUGAACAAGUCUCCUUGUAAAAAAAUGUUUUUUCAUGCCUGGGAGGUCAAGUAAUCUGCAAAUGUAGACUAGUUCUAGGCAUGUGAUGGAGUUCAGCAUGUAAAAAUACUAAUGAAUCUGUUGUCGUGGUCAUCACUUUUCCAGUUCCCCACAAAUGUUGUCCAGAACACAUAAAUUCUUGCUGAAGGGUAAUUUUGAUGAACAGCAGCAAAUUCCUAGUUACCUUCUUCAAUACAUAUACAUUCAGAAACUCAUGCUUCAUUUGUGUGAUUGACGAAAUGAGAAUGCUUUCUCUAGUUGGCGCUGUGGUGCUGCUGCUGCUCAGGGGCAGCAUAACACUGGCGACAGCAGCAAGUUCCGUGAACAUCGCUUUGCCCGGCUGCAAGAGCAAAUGCGGCGAUGUGGACAUCCCGUACCCCUUCGGCACCACCCCCGGCUGCUACCAGCCGGGCUUCAUGGUCACCUGCAAUGAGACGCACCGUCCGCCAAAGCUGUUCCUGGACAACGGUGCCAUUCCUGGUCCUGGCCCUGAGGUUGUGGAGGUAUCCCUGGCGAACAGCACGGUGCGCGUCGGGAGCUGGGUUUCGCACUUCGUCGUGGGCAACACGAGCCACGUGCAGCUGGCCUUCAGCCGAGGCUCCCCCUUCGUGCUGUCGGCCAAGGCGAACAGCCUCGUCAUCGUGGGGUGUGGCUUCCGUGUCCUCCUGCACAUCGUUGAUGGGUGGACAUAUGGCUCCUGCGCGUCCUUCUGUCCGAUCAAUAACAGCACCGGCGAGCCGUUCUUGCCCGACGUCGUGUGCAACGGCAUAGGCUGCUGCCAGCCGUCCAUCCCGAUUGGCCUUCGGUCCUGUCGUAUCGAGCUCUCCUCGCUCGACGGUGCUGGCGGGUGCCCGAUCGCCCCGUCCCCGUCCCCGGCUCCGGCGUUCAACGUGAGCGUGCACAUGGUGGAGCAGGAGUGGUGGAGCGACGGGUCACACGUUUAUGGUCUUCAGCAAUACUUCAUGGACCUCCUGUCUUACCCUGACAUGAGCCCGUUCUUCGUUCCUGCCAUUGCGGCCUGGGGGUUGGGCGAGUUAUCCUGCGAAGAGGCCGCCCAGAGGCCAGAUUUUGGGUGCCACAGCAAGAACAGUAUGUGUCUCAACUCCACAAAUGGCGCCGAAGGCUAUGUCUGCCGGUGCAGUGACGGCUACCAGGGCAAUCCUUACAUGACAAAUGGAUGCCAAGGAGGGCGAGGUCGUCUAGCAGCUGGAAUAAUUUUCUCCAUAGGAGUUGGCAGCGGCAUAAUUAUUUUGCUUCUAGUUCUUGCUGUUGUCUUUGCUAUAAAAAAGGUCAAGGAUCAGAAAGCAAAGAUGAUGAAGGAAUAUUUCUUCAAGCAAAACCGUGGGUUAUUGCUCCAGCAGUUAGUAGACACAGAUAUAGCUGAAAGGAUGAUUUUCAGCUUAGAAGAGCUUGAGACAGCAACAAAUAAAUUUGAUGAAGCUCGCAUUCUCGGUGGUGGAGGGCACGGCACGGUCUACAAAGGCAUUUUAUCAGAUCAACACGUUGUUGCUAUAAAGAAGUCCAAAACCGUAAUCAAAAGAGAGAUCGACGAGUUCAUAAAUGAAGUCGCCAUCCUUUCUCAAAUCAAUCACAGGAAUGUGGUAAAGCUGUUUGGUUGCUGUCUCGAGACAGAAGUUCCAUUGCUAAUCUACGAGUUCAUUUCCAAUGGUACCCUCUAUGCCCAUCUUCAUACUGAUGGUCCUCAAUCACUAUCAUGGAAAGACAGAUUACGAAUUGCAUAUGAAGUUGCAAGUUCUUUGGCCUAUCUUCACUCGGCUGCUUUGAUAUCAACAAUCCACAGGGACAUCAAGACAUCUAACAUACUGCUAGAUGAUCGCUUGACGGCAAAAGUGUCAGACUUUGGCGCUUCUAGAGGUAUUGCAAUUGACCAAUCAGGGGUAACAACCGCCAUCCAAGGAACUUAUGGAUAUCUGGAUCCUGAGUACUACUACACAGGCCGACUGACGGAGAAGAGCGAUGUUUACAGCUUCGGUGUCAUGCUUGUGGAACUACUUACAAGAAAAAAACCAACCAGCUACGUGCCGUCAGAAGGCGUCAGUCUAGUAGCACACUUCAUGUUGCUGUUGAACCAAGAUAGACUGAGUGAAAUACUAGAUUCACAGGUUUCCCAGGAGGCUGGGGAUGAAGCCAAGGAAGUAGCGGCAAUCGCAGCAAUGUGCUUGGGGAUGAAGGGGGAAGACAGGCCGACCAUGCGGUACGUGGAAACGAAACUCCAGGGGCUGCAGAGUUUGGAGAACACCGUGAAGGGCGACCCAGAAAUGGAAGAAGUUCCGGUUAAACUACGCCACAGAACAUUUGAAAGAAGCAGAGACAAUGCUGAUAAGGAGGGUCACAGUAACAGCAGGCGAUAUAGCAUGGAGGAGGCGAUGUUGUUUUCAGCGAGCUUGCAGCGAUGAUCUUGAGGACAUUCUUCAUUGGAUUAUGUGGUCUCUCUGUGCGCUUCUGAAAUUCAUCAUAAAGUUCUGCUGUGAGAGCUGUGGUAGUUCCGCUUUAUGUAAUUAUCAAAAUAUCUCGAGUAAUGGCGCAGGUAUACGCUCCGGCACGUGUGUUUAUAUCUGGAAAUACACUUGAACUUUAUGUAGUUCUUACAGCUGAAUUUACAUUUGUAUUUGUUGUGCAAUUGAUGCAAUCGUAUAACACAUAGAGGUGUAG